AUGACAGCUGCUCGUGACAAGCGUAAGAUUCAGAUUAUGAAGAAUCAAGCAGAUUGGUUACUGCAUAUUAUUAUUCCGAAACAUUUUGCCGAGCAAUUAAAAAAUACAUCCAAAUAUUCUGAAAAUCAUAAAAAUGCUGAUAUUAUGUUUGCAAGUAUUGUGAAUUUCCACGAAAUGUAUGACGAAUCCUUCGAAGGCGGCAAAGAAUAUCCGCAUGCCCUAAAUGAAUUAGCUUCUACGGGAGCAGCUGGAUAUGAUAUAUUUUGUGUUAAAGGCUUUGAAAUUAAGCCCAAUGAACAAAAAGCGAUAUUUACAGAUCUGGCCUUAGAAAUGCCAAAUAACUGCUAUGCUAGAAUAGCUCCAAAAUCUUCUUUAUCAUUAAAUAAUAUUAUGAUCAAUGCAGGAGUUAUUGAUGGAGACUAUCGUGGAAACAUCGGGGUCCUAAUGCAUAAUUUUGGAUUAAAAAUUAUUAUUUUUGAACCUGGAUCUGUCAUUGCCCAAAUAAUUUUCGAACAAAUUAUGCAUCCAAGUUUUAUAGAAAAAACAUUCAUUAAACACCACUGA